AUGAGUAGGAGAUCUGCGACUUGCUUGAGGUGUUGUUUGGUGAUAUUCGCAGUAGUGUCGGCACUCUGCGUAUCUGGGCCGGCUUUGUAUUGGAAAUUCAAGAAGGGCCUCAAAUUAAAAGGAAUUUCAUCUUCUUGCCCUCCCUGCUUAUGUGAUUGUCCUACACCACAAACCCUUUUUCAGAUUGCUCCUGGCUUGGCUAAUCUUUCUGUUACAGAUUGCGGAAAAGAUGACCCUGAUCUUAAGGAAGAAAUGGAAAAACAAUAUGUGGACUUGUUGUCUGAAGAGCUGAAACUGCAAGAAACAGUCGGUAAAGAGCAUUCCCAACAUAUGAACAUCACCUUCGGGGAGGCACGGCGAUUGGCUUCCCAAUACCAGAGAGAAGCUGAAAAAUGCAAUGCUGCCACUGAAACUUGUGAGUCGGCCAGAGAGAGAGCGCAGGCCUUGCUCACUAAGGAAAAGAAGAUAACUUCAUUGUGGGAAAAAAGAGCGAGGCAGCUUGGUUGGGAGGGAGAAUAA